AUGACCGAGAACCCAAGGAAUACCGGGAAACCCGGAAGUGACCGGGGGGAACCCAAGAAAAUCACGAAACCCAAGGAAAUGACCCGGGAACCAAGGAAUGGAGGGUCCCCAAGUGACCGAGGGGAACCCAAGGAAAUGACCGAGGAACCCAAGGGGGGAAUGACCGGGGGAAACCCCGAAGUGACCGAGGAAACCCCAAAGGAAAUGCCGAGGACCAAGGAAGUGACCGAGGAACCCCGGAAAAUGACCGGGGCUCCCGAAGAAACCCAAGGAAAUGACCAGGAACCCAAGGAAGUGACCGGGGCUCCCGAAAAUGACCGGGGAAACCCCGAAUGCCGAGGACCCCAAAGGGAAAUACCCAGGAACCCAAGGAAGGCCCAAACCCAAGGAAAUGCCGGAACCCAAGGAGUGACCGAGGAACCCCAAGGAAAUGACCGGGAACCCAAGGAAUGA